UGUGGUAGUAUGUGAUACAAAGUCGCCGAGUUGAAGUCUUGCGUUUUGUUGAGUUUUUCGUCCAACUGGUGAGACAAAGUCGGUGCUGACAGCUCCCCGUAUAUAAAGCGGUUUUUUGUUUUUUAUUUUUUCCGAUUCGCUAGUUAAUCAGCAAAUAUAUAUAUAUAUAUAUGUGUCCAGCCAAGAAAACGGUUGAAUAUUAUAGCCCCCAUUGCCAUGGAGGUGUUAACAAAUCCUUGCGGUGCUAUAUAAGUGCUCUGUGAAAAUUCCACAUUUCGAAAGUUGUGUGCGCUGGCAUCCGAAUUCGGGUCGAGUGGUGAAAAUAAAACUACAAACAUCCAAACCAAGAAAAAAAAAAAAAAACGAAAGAAAGAAAGAAAUAUAGUUGGAAAAAACGUGAAAAGGCAAAACGGGAAAAUGUCGAAAUGGAAAUAGCGACGAGGACAGCUAAAAAAAUAAGAAUGAGAACGAAAAACCAAGUGAAAAGAAAGCAUUAUUCGGUCUAAACUGAAGCCAAUAAACGACCUCUGGUUGUGUGUGUGUUUCACCCCAGAUCUAAUUAUUAUUUUAGGGAUAUAUAUAUACAUAUAUAUAUCCUAGUUUCUGUGCUCAGUCCUUGUUAUAAAAAACACCUAUCCUUAAAAACCAGUUGUAAAAGUUAAAGUUAACAAGCCCCAUGAACGCACCACACACACAUACAUAUAUCCCCUGAUAUAUGUAUAAAUAUAUAUAUAUAUAUAUCUGUGUGUAUAUAUAUAUAUAGUCGCUGGGAUUGGGUCAGCGGGUCGGUAGCACAACGGGCGGAAUGUUGCGUCGGUGGUGCUAUAUAUUGCGGUGGAUGGUUGUGGAAGUGGAUGUGGCAAGUGGCAAGAGGAGGAAAAGCAAAGGCAAAGGCAAAGGCAAAGGCAACUGGCAAAAAGGAAAAGCUAAAGCCAAAGCUGAAGGCAAAAAAGAAAAGGAGAUAUGGAGUUUUGGGGUUUUUUAGCCACAGCGGCUAUCGGUACAUAUAUCGUUUAUUUUUGUGACGUGUACACGCACAUUCGAGGUGAAUGAAUUGAUGAAGCAAAUCAGGAAACAUUUAAUUUCAUUGCUGCCUUUAUAGUAUUUAAAAUAGAUAGCUUUUUUAGUUCUACAACUAGUCGUUUUUUACACACUUCUAUAUGUAAUUCCCCAAACCGGAAUUAUUAUUCCCUUCUACACGGAAGUGAAAAAAGUAUUUAUUUGUCUCUCUUCUUUGAACAAUGGUCAUGUUUAGCAUAGAAUAUGAACAUAUGAACAAAUAUUGUCUAGUGUGUGUGUGUGUGUGUGUUCUGUAACUAAAGAAUAACAACAUAUCUAGUUUCACCCAAUAAACCCUUUAAGUUGUAAGCAAAAAAAAAAAAAUGUGACAUUUGCGUCAAGAAAUUGGAGCAACCUUAAUAGUAAUUGUGUUAAUGUGAAAGGGGCUGUUUAUUUUUGGCAAUUACAGGUUCGUUGGUCCCACUGUCGCCCGAUUAUAGUCACAGAGCGACAGUACAUACAGAUGUAUAGCUUCUGCCCCGUUCUCAUACUUCCAUACUCUUUCCAAAAACAUCGUCAACAUAAAAAAAAACCCAGGCAGACAAUUGUGUCCGGUGACGUCACUAGAAAAAAGAGUGUUAGAUUUAUAUCAGGUCCCAGAGAAAUAUAUUUUUGAAAGCAAAGACUAGCUAAGGUUUUAAUCAUUUCGAAAGUUCCUCAUUCCAAUUCAUUUUAAAUGUAAUAUAAAUGUAAAUUCUAAACUGAUUUACUGAGCCCUUAAAAGUAGGCAAGCGAUUUUUUUGUUGGCUGCAUGUUAUCGUUAUCGAUAUGACCCAGUGAUUGCUGAAAUCAGAGAGUGCGAAAAGAGAGCGAGCUCCUGCCGGUUCAUCUGUGUUCGUGUGUGUGUGUGUGUAUGAGUGGAAUAAAGAGAGUUGAAAUUUUGCAAAUGCCAAUUCUUCUUAUCAGCUGGAAAAAAGCAAAUAAAUAUAGUUUACUAAUCACUGCAUAACUGUAAACAUAAAGCACUUCCAAAUAUAUUUAGAAAUGACUGAUAUUGAGACUCUUUUUAUUCAAAAAAAGGUCACAAAAAGGUAAACAAGUUUUCAAAAAAAGGAAACACACAAUUUGUUCCUUCCAGUGAAGUGAAUCUCACCGUUUCACAACUCACCACAGUCGCUCUCUAUUGAGCUUUUUCGUUGGCUCUGUACAUAUAUGUACAGAGAGUUAUGUAUAUAUGUAUGUGUGUCAGACACAUUCUCAGCCUCUGGCUUUUUCAUCCCCUAACUUUUUCAUUCAUGGCGUGUUCCAGUAAUGGAAUUUUAUACCAAUAACCGAAAUAACUACAUCUGCAAUCCCAUAAGCCAUAACCCAUAACCCCAUAUGUUCUUUUAUACCUCUAUCUAUGGGUCAUAUAUCCGAAAAUAUAGAAUUCAAAUAACACUGACCAUGCAUUUCGUAUGCAAACCCGAAUUUCCCCAUAUCCCCACCAAACCAUAUACAUAUGUAUAUGUGUGUGUGUGUGUAUAUGUUCGUGCGCGAGUGUAUGAGCAUGUUUUCAAUAGGUCAUGAACUGAAUUGACCCGAGCGCAUCAUAAUUAUCGGUUGGUUGGCAAAAUAAGUAGCACAACAUCGCCAAAUGCCGAAAUAGCCGCAAGCCAUCCAAACUAAAUACGAUUAUAUAGAAAGCUGAUCAAUUUAACAAGAAAACAACGUGCCCAAAUCAAAUUUAGUGUGUGUGUGUUUGUAAUGUCUAAUCAAAUUCCAAAUUUCAUUCAGUUUAAGUGCAACAAUAAUAUUAAUAACACGGUGGAAAUGCUAAAAAGCUAACAAAUACAAAUAAAGAUAAUAAAAGACUAAAAAUCAAAGAGCCAUUCAAGAGAAAGCAAAUAAAACACCUAAGACUAAAAGAACACACAUCAGUAAAUAAAAGCAAAAACAAGAAGUAACGAUCGAGGGAUACUACUGAUACGGGACGAGGACGAUUUGGAUCCGGAUUCCUUCAUCCUCCAGCCUCCAAUCGCCAGCAUCCAUCCUCCAUCCUCCAGUUAUCAUUAGGAAACAGCAAAUCGGACUCGCGAGCUAAAUGUCCAGUUGCCGCUAUCGUUCCAUACGGACGGCGUGUCACUCCCGACAAAUGCGUAUUGUGGUUGACCUUGUUUAAUAUAAUUAUGGCCGAGCGGUCGUUACAAAAGUAUCAGAAAUUGGAUACAGUGACGGUUGGAAGCGGCUCAGGAAGUAGUGCAAGCAGAGCAUCAACAGGACUCCUUAGGCGGGGGGCACUUGGGUCGAAAGGGAGCCCAUCGCUUAGCUGAUAGAAUGGGUGGCCCGAAAAAAGAGGAAAACCCACCAGGUGGUGGUCCGACGUCAUUGUUUAUUCUAACCGAGGAUAACCCAAUUAGAAAGUACACACGAUUCAUCAUAGAAUGGCCGCCCUUUGAAUACGCUGUGUUAUUGACAAUCAUAGCCAACUGUGUUGUGUUGGCACUAGAGGAGCACUUACCAGGGGGCGACAAGACAGUAUUGGCUCAAAAAUUGGAAAAAACGGAGGCCUAUUUUUUAUGCAUUUUCUGUGUAGAAGCGUCGCUCAAGAUCCUCGCCUUAGGGCUUGUUCUGCAUAAACACUCCUAUCUCAGGAAUAUUUGGAACAUCAUGGAUUUUUUCGUUGUAGUUACGGGAUUCAUGACACAGUACCCACAAAUAGGGCCCGAGGUAGACCUAAGAACACUUAGAGCCAUUCGUGUGCUACGGCCCUUAAAAUUAGUGUCUGGAAUUCCUAGUUUACAAGUAGUUUUAAAAUCUAUAAUCAAGGCGAUGGCACCUUUACUGCAAAUCGGUCUCUUGGUGUUGUUUGCAAUCGUAAUUUUUGCAAUCAUUGGACUCGAGUUUUAUUCGGGCGCACUGCAUAAGACUUGUUAUAGCUUAGAAGAUCCAAACAAACUAGUGAAGGAGGGCGAAUCAGAGACGCCUUGCAACACGGACAACAGCACGGAAAAGGCAACCGGCUCCUUUGUAUGCAACAACACCACAAGCAUGUGUCUGGAAAAAUGGGAGGGACCAAAUUCAGGUAUCACGAGUUUCGAUAAUAUCGGAUUUGCCAUGUUGACCGUAUUCCAAUGUAUCACGAUGGAGGGCUGGACGUCAAUACUGUAUUGGACCAACGACGCAUUAGGUUCAGCAUUUAAUUGGAUAUAUUUCGUGCCUCUUAUAGUUAUAGGCUCAUUUUUUAUGCUCAACUUAGUUCUUGGUGUCCUUAGUGGAGAGUUUUCGAACGAACGUAAUCGUGUCGAACGUCGCAUGGAGUUUCAGAAAUGCCGCUUUCGGGCCAUGUUUCAGACAGCAAUGGUCUCGUACCUUGACUGGAUCACGCAAGCAGAGGAGGUAAUCCUAGCCGAGGAGCGAACAACGGAAGAAGAAAAAAUGCACAUAAUGGAGGCUCGUAGACGAAACGCUGCCAAGCGGAAAAAGCUGAAAAGCUUAGGAAAAUCCAAGUCAACCGAUACAGAAGAGGAGGAGGCUGAGGAAGAUUAUGGUGACGAUGGUUAUCUGAAAACUCGCUCGAAACCUCAAGGAAGUUGCACCGGAUUCUGGCGGGCAGAGAAGAGGUUUCGCUUCUGGAUCCGGCACACGGUGAAGACGCAAUGGUUCUACUGGUUCGUGAUCGUCCUCGUCUUUCUGAACACAGUCUGCGUUGCCGUGGAGCACUAUGGUCAGCCCUCCUUCCUCACAGAGUUUCUGUACUAUGCUGAAUUCAUCUUCCUGGGACUGUUUAUGUCGGAAAUGUUCAUCAAGAUGUAUGCGUUGGGGCCAAGGAUCUACUUUGAGUCGUCGUUCAACCGUUUUGAUUGCGUUGUCAUUAGUGGUUCGAUAUUCGAAGUGAUCUGGUCCGAGGUCAAAGGCGGUUCAUUCGGUCUGUCUGUGCUGCGUGCCCUGCGUUUGCUCCGAAUCUUCAAAGUAACCAAGUACUGGUCAUCGCUGCGCAAUCUAGUGAUAUCUCUAUUGAACUCAAUGAGAUCGAUUAUCUCAUUGUUGUUCCUGCUCUUCUUGUUCAUCCUAAUAUUCGCCUUACUUGGCAUGCAAUUAUUUGGCGGCCAGUUCAAUCUGCCCGGAGGAACACCAGAAACCAAUUUCAAUACAUUCCCGAUAGCACUGUUGACCGUAUUCCAAAUCCUCACUGGCGAAGAUUGGAACGAGGUCAUGUACCAGGGCAUCAUUUCGCAGGGUGGUGCUCAGAAAGGAAUGAUUUACUCUAUAUACUUUAUCGUUUUGGUACUCUUCGGAAAUUACACGCUAUUGAAUGUGUUCUUGGCUAUCGCCGUUGAUAAUUUGGCGAAUGCCCAAGAACUAACAGCAGCCGAAGAGGAACAAGUCGAAGAGGAUAAAGAGAAACAACUGCAGGAGCUCGAGAAGGAGAUGGAGGCCCUCCAGGCUGAUGGUGUUCAUGUGGAGAAUGGUGAUGGUACUGUUGCCCCCAGCAAGUCCAAGGGCAAAAAGAAGGAGGAGGAGAAGAAAGAGGAGGAGGAAGUGACGGAGGGUCCCAAGCCAAUGUUGCCCUACUCAUCGAUGUUUAUACUUUCACCAACCAAUCCCAUACGACGCGGAGCCCAUUGGGUUGUUAAUUUACCAUAUUUUGAUUUCUUCAUUAUGGUUGUCAUCUCAAUGUCAUCAAUAGCAUUAGCAGCCGAAGAUCCCGUUCGUGAGAACUCAAGGCGAAACAAGAUAUUGAAUUAUUUCGAUUAUGCAUUUACCGGCGUAUUCACGAUAGAAAUGUUGCUGAAAAUUGUAGACUUGGGUGUAAUACUACAUCCUGGCAGCUAUUUAAGAGAAUUCUGGAAUAUUAUGGAUGCUGUGGUCGUUAUAUGCGCUGCUGUUAGUUUCGGUUUCGAUAUGAGCGGUAGCAGCGCUGGACAAAAUUUAUCGACUAUUAAAUCGCUACGGGUAUUGCGUGUACUCCGCCCAUUGAAGACCAUUAAGCGUGUACCAAAAUUGAAAGCCGUGUUCGAUUGCGUCGUGAACUCAUUGAAAAAUGUUGUUAACAUUCUAAUCGUGUACAUAUUGUUUCAAUUUAUAUUUUCUGUUAUUGGAGUACAAUUGUUCAAUGGAAAAUUUUUUUAUUGUACGGACGAAAGUAAACAUACUUCCGCAGAGUGCCAGGGCUCGUACUUCAAGUACGAGGAGGACGAGCUGCUGCCAAGACAGGAACUGAGAGUUUGGAAGCCACGGGCCUUCCACUACGAUAAUGUUGCUGCUGCGAUGUUGACACUAUUCGCCGUACAGACCGGCGAGGGAUGGCCACAGGUCUUGCAACACUCAAUGGCUGCCACUUAUGAAGAUAGGGGUCCAAUCCAAAAUUUCCGGAUCGAAAUGUCCAUAUUUUAUAUUGUGUAUUUUAUUGUGUUUCCGUUCUUCUUCGUCAACAUAUUCGUGGCCUUGAUUAUUAUUACGUUUCAAGAGCAAGGCGAAGCUGAGUUGCAAGAUGGCGAAAUUGACAAAAAUCAGAAAUCCUGCAUCGAUUUUACUAUAGGAGCACGUCCACUAGAACGAUAUAUGCCCAAAAAUCGUAACACCUUCAAGUACAAAGUGUGGCGAAUUGUGGUCUCAACACCUUUUGAGUACUUCAUUAUGAUGUUGAUCGUGUUCAAUACGCUUUUGUUGAUGAUGAAGUAUCACAAUCAAGGAGAUAUGUACGAGAAGUCACUGAAGUAUAUUAACAUGGGAUUCACUGGCAUGUUCAGUGUGGAAACUGUGCUAAAGAUCAUUGGAUUCGGUGUUAAGAAUUUCUUCAAGGACCCGUGGAACAUAUUCGAUCUGAUCACCGUUUUGGGCAGUAUUGUGGAUGCACUAUGGAUGGAAUUCGGGCACGAUGAUUCGAACUCAAUCAACGUCGGCUUCCUGCGUUUAUUUCGUGCGGCGCGACUUAUCAAAUUACUUCGCCAAGGAUAUACCAUACGAAUUCUACUGUGGACAUUUGUACAAUCAUUUAAAGCACUUCCUUAUGUCUGUUUGCUUAUAGCUAUGCUAUUUUUUAUAUACGCCAUUAUUGGCAUGCAGGUGUUCGGGAAUAUCAAACUAGGUACGGUGGAAAAUACCAUUACUAGACACAACAACUUCCAAUCAUUUAUUCAAGGCGUCAUGUUGCUAUUCAGGUGCGCAACUGGCGAGGCCUGGCCAAACAUAAUGCUGGCAUGUUUGAAGGGCAAGGCCUGCGACGAGGACGCCGAGAAGGGACCUGGAGAAUACUGUGGAUCCACAUUGGCCUAUGCCUACUUCGUAUCGUUUAUAUUCUUCUGCUCAUUCCUGAUGUUGAAUCUCUUCGUCGCCGUCAUCAUGGAUAAUUUCGAUUAUCUCACCAGGGACUCCAGCAUUUUGGGUGCCCAUCACUUAGACGAAUUUGUGCGCAUAUGGGCGGAAUAUGAUCCAAAUGCGACUGGAAAAAUACACUACACGGAAAUGUACGAUAUGCUGAAGAAUAUGGAUCCACCGUUGGGAUUUGGCAACAAGUGUCCCAAUCGAUUGGCCUACAAGAAGCUAAUACGAAUGAACAUGCCAUUGGACGACGAAUUGAGAGUUCAGUUCACCACAACAUUAUUCGCUUUGAUUCGGGAGAAUCUGAGCAUUAAAAUGAGAGCGCCUGAGGAGAUGGACCAGGCGGACAUGGAACUGCGAGAGACGAUCACCAACAUCUGGCCAUUGCAGGCGAAGAAGAUGCUCAACCUGCUGGUGCCACCCAGCGAUCAGCUGAACAAGGGCAAGCUCUCAGUGGGUAAAAUCUAUGCAGGUUUCCUCAUCCUGGAAUCCUGGCGGAGCACACGAUUUGGCCAACUUGAUUCGGGAAUGCCGAAACAAUCAUUCUUUAACUGCCUACUCGAUAUGGCCGCCCUUGACAAAGGAGGAUCGCGACAGGGCUCCAUAAGUUUCGAGCCGAAUGGGGAAGGAGCCGCCAACUCACAAACACAUUUGUUAGCCAGCACGCACCACCACCACGCAAACGGUGAUGCCGAACACAACAGUUUGGCAACACUAGCACGGCGGAGUACGAUCAGAAAGCGAUCAGUUAGAAACAAAAAGGUGAAUAAGUUUGAUAAACUCCAAGCGAUGCUGGAGCUACAGGACGCAUCGAGACAUCCAUCGCAAGAAUCACUAACCGGUGCCGAUGCUGGCCAUUUACAUCCUGGACAUUCGUAUAUGAAUGGUCAUCGGCGAUCGCCUAGCUUGAGGCACAAUGGCUCUCCACUGGCCCGAUCUCCAAGUCCUCGACGGCGUGGCCAUCAAUACAUACAUCAUGAUAUCGGGUUCUCCGAUACCGUAUCUAAUGUUGUAGAGAUGGUCAAGGAGACUCGUCAUCCUAGGCAUGGCAACAGUCAUCCGCGAUAUCCAAGAGGUUCAUGGUCAGCAUCGACAAGUCCGGCCCGUUCGCCUUCGCCUUCUCGAUAUGGUGGUCAUUUGUCUCGCAGUAAACGCACUCAACUGCCUUAUCCCACAUAUGGGACAACCAGUCUAUGUCAAAGAUCACGAUCGCCGAGUCCCGCUAGACUUCAGGAGAUGCGUGAACGAGACAGACUUGGUUAUGGGAUUGAUAUGGGUGUAACGCAUGUCCAGCAUAGUUACCCAACAUUGGCAUCCCGAAGAGCUGGAAUUGGUCGGCGGCUUCCUCCGACUCCAAGCAAACCGUCAACAUUGCAGCUCAAGCCAACAAAUAUCAAUUUCCCCAAACUUAAUGCGAGUCCCACACAUACACACCACUCAACGCCCCACAGUGUUCACUCGCUACCACACCACCGCGACCUGCUGCGAGAUCCAAGGGAUAUGUACUAUAGUAGUAGAGAACGCGAGCGGGAUCGCGAACGCCUUAGGGAUCGGGAUCGAGAAAGGGAUCGCGAUCGCCUGCACGAGUACGACCUGCGCUACGAGUACCGGGAUCGGGAGCGGGAGUUGUACGAGCGGGAACGAGAUCGCGAGCGGGAGGUCGAAAGAGAAAGACUGGAAUAUAUAGCACCGCUGUCAUUUGAACAAGCGUUAGCUAUGGGCCGAACAGGUCGUGUACUGCCAUCUCCAGUUCUAAAUGGUUUUAAGCCAAAGAGCGGUCUGAACCCUCGACACUCCGAUUCAGAUGAGGAGGAUUGGUGCUAGCAAAGGCUUUGAUUGCGAUCGCGUAAUCGAAAGGAUCAGAUCUGGGUAUAGCAUCAGGCCAUAUGCUCCUCUUUGUCAGCACCAAACUUAGAUCACAAUUUUGAUACGAUACGACACAGAUACCAACCCGAACAUCAGCAAACCCUUCCACAGCCACACCUCCUUCCACAGCAAAAGCAAAAUCAAAACCAACACCAACACCACUCACAUCGAAGGUAUGAAAUGAAUGUAUCGACACCGAAACUAGGAACAACAAUAUCUGAUAUCAAAUUGGCUGGAGUAAGCUUACAGGAAUUAAACCCGAAUCGACCACAACAAUCGCAAUCGCAACGGAAGCAAGCACUAGAGCAACCAUUGGAUGAGCAUCAUCAUGAGGGGCGACUUGAGUGGCUAAGAUGGUGCCGUGGUGUGCCGCCGCCAUAUGGAUCUCCAGUGAUGGCAUCAUUGCCAGAAACUCGAGCCACAUCGCCCCAGUCCGAUAUCGAAUUCAUCAGAAAUAUAAAAAGAAAUGAAACCGGAAAAACUGCAAUAACACCAAGGACAACUAAAACUGAAGCAAUGAUAUUAAGCGUACCAAUUACAAUAACGUCCCCAUUAGCUAUUAAAAAGAUAUAUUCAGAUAAUGACAUUAAUUAUAAUACCGAAAGAGCUAAUGACGAUGAUGAUGAUGAUGAUAAUGACCGAGUGGAGGUGGUGGAUGCAGCUCAUCGUUAUCACCAGCCACCAGUACCAGAACUAACCACACCAGAUCUACAACACGAGCAACAGCAGCAACAUCACCACCAGCACUAUCCGCAGUAUUCGUAUCAUACGCUAUAAGGAGGAUAGGUCUCAAUAACCAAAUAUCCAUUAUCCUGUAUCCAGAAUCAAGAUCAAACCAAUAUCCAGAAUCAAGAUCAAGAAUCCAAUAUCCAGAAUCCAGAAUCCAGAUCCACUAAAAGUGCAACUUUAAUUGAAACUGAACCGAAUGUGUAAAGUGAAAGAUAUUCUAUUGAGAAAAUCUAAUGGGAUUUAGGAGGAGGACGACGUGUAAACAGAUUUAGAGCUACAGAUUUGCCUAGAAAUAGGAGUAGACAACUUUAAUGUUAGAUAUGAAAUAUGAUCAAGUGUAUUGUACUUUUUUUCUAAUGUAAGGACAAGCCUAAAUGAAGAGCACAUCAAAACCAAUGAUAACAGAACUCUUUCAAGCCGAAAACAGACACACACACACAUAACACAUACAACACACACACACACACACACACACACAGAGAUAGAUCUAGGUCUAUAAGUACAUAGGGAAUAUAAAUUGUAGGUACUCGCAUACAUUGUAAGUUUAUCUAGGACUUAGCUCGAGGUAUCAGUAAUCUGCAAGCGUUUUUGUCUUGUUUGUAUUUAAAGUUAGUAACUCGAUUAUGUGUAUUUAAAUGCGACCUUUGAUUUAUUCUAUGUACAUACCAGAUAAUUGUAGAUAACAAAUUUUUUUUUGUAUGUAAUAUAUAUAUAUAUAUAUCGAUAUAUAUAUAUAUUUGCCUACGACUACUAUUAUAAAUACCUUCAAGAAAAAACCGAACCCGAUAGCAAAUAUUAGCUAUAAUAGCAACAAAUGAGCGUCCCCUACGAUUUUUGUUAUUCAGUUUUUUAAACUUAUACUCGAGCGGAUAUUUUGUUAGUAUCGUAACUUAAAGAACUUCACAGAAGAGGAGAUUAUUGAAGAGAUAUCUAUAAUACAACCACUGAAACUGAAUUAUGACCAAGAUAAAGUGUCUGUAGCAUCAUCCAGUGCCAUUCGUGUAUACAGACUUUAGGAACAUACACUAGCUUCUUUCUUAGAUUUCUUCAUAUAGUGCUUCUGUUAUUACGCCCUUUCUGUAAUCGAAGAAAGGUCAAUGCUUCUGUUUGUCUGUAUUUCCGAAAGAGUUUCGUAUGCUGAAAUUAGCUUCUCUCCAACUCCAAUCUCCAAUCAAAUUGAUAUCCAUAUGUAUUUAUAAAUAUAAAUCGAAAUGCAUUGUUUUUUACAAUCCAGCAAGUUGAACAUAAACAUAUGUAGAUAUAAUACAUACACACACCUCCGACUCCUCAUACUCCAAAUAGAAUGUGUAUAAUGUGUAAAAAUGCAGAGCUCAUGGCACUUCAAACAUUAAUAUCUUCAAAUAUUUAGAUAUGCAUGCACACAGCCCCUCCAGCCUACUCUACACUACCAAACAAAAACAAGAGCAACCAGAGAAUAAAAUGCAGAGAUCAUGUGUAUAGAUAGACGAAUCGUACAUGUUUGGACGACGGGAUAUCGAAGAGCGCACAAUAAUUGUAAUUUAAAGAAAUGAAUCCAUAACUUAAGUAAAUAAUUAUAGCAGCUGAGCAGUAAUGCGAAUUUACACAGCAAAUGAACUUACCAUUACGAUUAUGAGACGAUGACUAGAGUCGUAGAAUGCAUACAAAAAAAAAAAAAAACAGUUUAAAAAAAAUCAAAAAAAAAAAUAUUUAAAAAAAAAACAUUUAGCAAACAAGAAAAAACACUAACCCUAAACUAACUUAACUGAGCUGACUUCAGCCAUGUACAAUACUUAAAUAUUAACUGAGCAAUACUGAAUAGGGAAAACGACUAACCUAGAAACGAUAAACCAAAAUAUACACUCAAAAAAAAAAGGCCAAAAUCGGCAUGGAAUUUCGGAAAGUCGUCAUGAAAGUAAUUUCUAAAAAUGUUCUUUUCAAUGAAAGUAUUUUUAAAAUAUUCUAAAAACGCAUUUCAGAAAGUUUCCUUAAACCAGAACUCAGUUUUUGUAAUAUUUUUUACCCAUGAAUUCAGUUUUUUGUUAUUUUUCGCAAAAAUGCAAAGAUAAAAGUAGAAAUUUUCAAGAAAUUGUAUCUUUUAUGAUUUUUAUAAUCUAUAAAUAAUUUUGUAAAUACGUUUUCUUAAUUUUAUACGUAAUAUGUUACGUAUACGUAUAGGUAUACAUUACGAAUACGUAAUACGUUACGUAUACGUUAUUUUUGAAGAAUUUCAAACUUUCUAUGUUAAAUCUUAUUUAUGUAUAGGACUUUCUUUCUGGAUACAUUUUCCAAAAUUUUAAAACCAUUUCGAUUUCAUGGCGAUUUUCUAAAAGCUAGAGAAAUGGAGUGUGGGAAAGGAAACCGACAAGCGUAUUCUUCUAUAAUUAUCUUAAUUACGGAUGCCGACAAACAUAAAUUCAAUAUACAGUACACGCCUACAUAGAUAAAUAUACAAUAGUUUAUAACUAGUAUCAAAUAAAACCAGAAUUCCAUUGCUAAGGUCUAAAAAAAAAAAAAAAUCAAGAAAAAAAAACGAUCGCCGAUAUAGAAAUUCACUCUCCAAUUAAUUGUAAACACACACAAAACCACACACGUUGCACGUUGUAUUUCCGAGGUUCACUUUUGACUACUUCCAAUAAGAAAUUUGUC